AUCUAUAAUCAUAAAACACACCAAGCGAAAGACAAGGCCAGGGGCGUAACUAUCCACAUUUAGUCUAUUUACCGCCAUUCGGGCAUCUGAGAGACAAGAAGAAUUCUACAACAAAAACAGAGGCCACCCUGCAAUCCAUGAUAAUGGAGGACAUCGACGCUAUAACGCCGUGUCCCAGCGGCCUUUCCGCAGCACCAACCGAGACGAUGGGCAGCAGCCCACUAGUUGAUCUACGCCCGUCGCCGACGAUGAGGUCCGCAUCACCGGAAUCCCUCCGCUCAUCGCUCGACCUCGAUACCAUCAGCAGGCGAGAAGCCUCGGUCAAGGCGCUGGAGGAAGGCACAAACGGGGAUCCCGACAUGCUCUGGAAGCGGAUGUUGGCGCUUCAGAAGAAGUUCGGCUGCUAUAACUCGGCCCGGAUGAGCGCCGCGCUGAGCUCCGGAAAUGUGAGCGUAUUGCGACCCUCGAAAACUUGCUUAGACUUGCUGAACGAGAAUAUGGCCGCGUUACCGGAAUCAGUCAUCGACUGGUUGCGGCCCAAUCGACAGCAUCGCGUGUGAUUCGACCGGUGAUUUGACUAUUGAAAUGACUAUCGUAAUUUGGUUCAGGUCAGGAAUUCGGUUGUGUACUUGCCCUAAAACUGGAUAUGGAGGGAUACACGAGGCGUUCUGAGUUACUGGGGGAGAAUUGGGAAUUUUAGGGAGGGGCGGGACGGCGACCAGCAUGGAUCAUGAUACCCC